AUGGAGCCCGUGACAUUCGCUGUUUCCAUUGUCGCCAUCCUAAACAGUGCGUCAUCACUAACGCUGAAUACGCUCCAGCUCCUCCAGCGGUCCAAGAAGGGCAAUGCAGAGCUGGAAUCGCAGCUCAGUGAAAUAGUGGUGGUUAUGGAAGUAUUGCAAGAAUGUAAAGAUAUCGUACAAGCCAGUCAAAACACAAAGAUACCACGAUCGAUCGAACGUGCCAUAGCUAUGUGCGAUAGAAGAUUUCAAGAGCUGGUCGAGGUUAUGAACCUCAUCCAGGUUGUCUUGUCAGGAUCAAAUUCCCCAAUGGGAAGGUUGAAAAGAAGGAAGACGCUCAUGGAAACUGAACCCGAACGCAAAUCUGCUUUCAAGAACUUCAGAAGCGUUGUAUUGCUGCUACGUGAUCUUUGUGCAGACAUUCGGCUUCAACAGCAGCUUGUUGAUAUGAGCGCCGGUCUCGCUGAUCUGUUUAUGGACCGCUACGAUUGGGAGCCUCCGCAGAGGGCCAUCUCACGUCCAGGUCAUAUUUACAUGGACGAAGAGCCAGCACACUCAACAGAUGAACGAGAAGCAGAGAAACCAUUGGACCCUCUCAGUGGCAUUGGCAACUGGCGGCAAGCGAACCUCUCAGUCAAAAACGCGACUAUUCUGGUGGGCUCCGGCUCCGAAGUCUCAUCUACGCGUGCUAAGUACAUGCAUCUUCGGGCCAAAAUGGAUACUGGCUGUGACGAGAAUCUCAUUACAAUGAAGGUUGUCAAACGAGCGCAGAUCGACCAAUCACUGUUGAAGCCUAUCCAAGAAGAGGACCAAUUCGAAUUCACCAUGCUCAACGGUUUCAGUUGCGCGCCAGAGUUCAAGAUUACUCUGUCCUGGUAUCAGGACUGCGAUGAAAAGAUGCGUCGCUCCGACUUCUACGUGGUCAAAGAGGGGCCUUUUGACAUGCUCAUUGGAUCCCGUCGCUUUGCUCAGGAUUUCAGGGAGCGACAGGCUUUGCCAGUGGGUAAAAGGAGAAAGAACAAAGCAAGUCGUAAAAGGGAACAAGAGGAACACACUCGACACCUCAUUGACGAGGAGAUUGAGGAGAUACAAGAACGGAACGAACAAAAAAGUAAGCAUGUACUACAGGGCCUCCAUCAACAAGGGAUGGGCUUCCAAAUACAUACUGGUUCUGCAGCACCAGGCCAGCCGUCAGGAGGAGCUGCUGCACUAUCUCUUUCUAUUACACCACCACCACCACCAAGCACUGCGAUCCUACCAAGUCAGAAGCCAGACGAGAAACAGCACUUCGCGAGUCCCUUGACAACUCCCCCGUCUCCGCUACCUUCAGCACCACACGUUAUCUCAUUACAAGGACAAACAUCUCCGGAACAGGGCCAAACAUCCCCUGGACAGGGGCCAAUGUCACUGAGCUCCUCGGCUUCACCGUUGUCUUUGAUUAACACGAAGCCUCUGCCAAUGGCUCCAGCCCAGCGGCCCAAUCCCUCAUCAAGCUUGUCACCUCGGGCCCAAGUGAAGGCGACUCUGCCUUCGCCUGAAGACGUCCAGGCACCACAAACCCAGAGCCAACAAUCGCAAGUACCACCAACGGUUGGAACAUCACAGACACCUCAGCUGCUACCAGCUGCUCCGAAUCAAGCCGACCCCAUCGCGAUGUCGGGUGCUCUCGCGCCCCAGCUCUCUUCAGCAUCUUAUAGUAGCUCAUUAUCCGCAAGUCAUGGACCUGAGACCACCCCUCAAGCCAGUAUAGCUUCCACAAAUACAGGACAGAAUGGCACUGCAAUGCCAGACAUGCCGGGUCAGACCGUAGUGAAGCCUGUUAUGCCACUGAAUAAUGGUAAUAAUACAGCUGCGGGUUCAGCCAAGAAGCGAGGAAGGUUCUUCUCAUUUCUGCGCACACGAAAGCAAAAUCAAUAG